AUGACAUUCCUACUUUGGCUUGUCACGAGUCUGGUGCGCUGGGUUCGACUCAAGAUAUAUCAGUAUGAAGUGACUUUCGCCGUGUACAUGCUCACCCCUACAGAAAAGUUCAUCUUUAACUCGCUCCUUUUAACCCUUCUCACGAUGAUUGUCACCGGAAUCUACGUCUAUUUGCCCGAUCAUAUUCGGGCCAUCUACAGCCACUUAUACUACUACUGGGUCGGUGAACGUCCGUUCAUCUCUGGAAACCUCCCUACCAUUAGUUCCGUAUUCCGAGAAGUUGGUACUCAGACUAUGGACGUUCUCUACGAGACAGCCAAAAAUCAAGCUGCUACCGUUACUGAUUCCAUCGCCGAACUCUAA